AUAUUCCACUUAAAGAUUUUAUUUGGUCUUGUAUAGAUACAAAAGUUACAGAUAUUGUAAAAAAGUGCAUUUCCGCUGGCUAUAGUUUUCUGUCCUUUCCGUAUUGCUGGUCGGGAAGAGCCGACACAUUGUUUUAGCCACGAUGCCGUGUUACCAACCCUUCCUGUGGGUGUUCGCCCUAAUAUCGACAGUCACAUGUUCGCCUUUCCAACUUACCGAGAAAUACAUCGAGGAAUUUCAAGAGGGCAUAGCAGGACUGAAAAAAUUGUCGCAAGAAUACGAGUACCACCCGGAAGAUUUUAACUUGGCUGCGCACGAUGCGACAGACCCAGAAGAAUUUGAUUUCGUCAUCGUGGGAUCGGGAACGUCAGGAGCUGUCAUAGCGAACCGACUAUCACAAAUACCGGAAUGGAAGGUUCUUCUUCUGGAAUCAGGGGCGCCCGAGACAAAAAUUACACAAAUACCAGCGUUGCACCGUGCCCUACAGACCACCCCCUACAACUGGUGGUUCACCACGGUGCCCCAAAACAAAUCUUGCCUAGGUGCGGAGGACAACAGAUGCUCGAUACCAGAAGGGAGAGCCCUUGGAGGCACCACGGCCAUAAACGACAUGUUGUACACCAGAGGAAACCAUAAGGACUACGACAUUUGGGCAGAUCUGGGUGUGGACGGAUGGUGCUGGGAAGACGUCCUCCCUUACUUCAAGAAGAUAGAAGACGCUCAUAUUCACGAGUUGGACAGGAAGUACCACAGUUUAGGAGGACCCCUUCACCUGGAGAAUUUCCAACACUCCUCCGACCUCGCCCACCACGUCCUGCAAGCGGGUCAUGAAAUAGGCAUUAACACCGUGGAUUACAACGGCAAGGAACAGCUCGGUUUGGGCGAGCCCCAGGUUAUAGGCAAGAACGGCAAGAGGAACAGCGUCGCGCAGGCCUACCUGGUGCCCGCGCACGCGAGGGACAACCUGGUGGUGAGGCCGCUGAGUCACGUCGUGGAGAUCAUCAUCAGCCCUCACACGAAGGAAGCACAAGGGGUUAAGUACCUUCACGACGGGAAGAUAUUCGUGGCCAAGGCCGCCAAGGAGGUUGUCCUUGCUGCCGGGCCCAUCAACACGCCCCAACUUCUUUUGCUUUCGGGUGUUGGGCCCAAGGAAGACCUGGAGCACCUCGAAAUACAACCGGUGGCCGAUUUGAAGGUUGGUCACGGUCUUAAGGACCACCUCGCCUUUAUAGGACUGAACUUUGUCUUUAACGAAACGAACGACCAACUCCACAAGGACUACGAUGCGGUAGUGGAUUAUCUCAAAAACGGCAAAGGUCCUCUUACGUCCUUAGGUCUAGAAGCUAUCGGCUUCGUGAAAACUGAAGCAUCAAAGGAAAAAACAGACUAUCCCGACGUGGAGUUCCUCAUAACCACGGAUAUAUACAACAAAGGCCACGAGCACUUGCGAGACCUGAGGAUUAAAAAAGAAAUCUACGACGCCGUUUGGGCACCACUAGAAGGCAAAAAGGGCUUCACCAUCGCCGUGGUCCUCCUGCACCCCAAAUCCACGGGAGUCCUGGCCCUCCACGACAAGGAUCCCCUACAUCGGCCACUGAUCAACCCCAAUUACCUCAACGACGAAGACGACCACGACCUGGAAACGAUCGUGGCGGGCAUCCACAAGGCCUUGAAGCUGGCUCACGCCGACGCUCUACAGAAGCUUGGAAUACACCUGAACGUCAACAAAGUACCAGGAUGCGAGCAUUUCGAAGCCGAAGACGACUACUGGAGGUGCGCCAUUCGGCAUCUGACCGUCAGUUUGGGGCACGUCAGCGGCACGGCCAGGAUGGGGUCGGAGAAAGACAAGACGGCGGUGGUGGAUAAGAAAUUGAGGGUGUACGGGCUUCAUAAGUUGAGGGUGGCCGAUUCCAGCGUCAUCCCCGUCAGUAUCUCGGGGCAUUUGACGGCGCCGAUAGUAUUGAUCGGCGAGAAGGCCGCGGAGCUCAUCAGAGAAGACUGAAAGUGAUGACGCCGACUUGCUUGUGCAAAUUUAUUUAUUGUUUCACUUCGUGCCUCAAGUGCACACAUAUUUAAUCUGUAGUUGUGAUUUUUAAAUAAAAGUUGUAAUAUGUAUUAUGCCAA